GACACGAUGAUUCACAACACCCGGUUCCAUCCCCUCUAUCUAUAGUCUAUGCUCUAAACCCCGUUCUCUCUCUCCCUCCAUUGCCUGCCCCCUCUCCCUCGCUUUCUUCAGCACGCCCUCUUUCCCGGUGCCCCUCUCUCUCCCCACCACCAACCUACAGGAAGCGAACUAGUACUCGAGGCCGCCGGAGAAGAGGACCUUCCAAUGGCGGCGACGCCGCUUCCACCGGCGGGGCAAGGGGCAGCGAUGGCAGCGGGGGGCGAGGGGAACCCCGCGGGGAUGCCUCCGCCGCCGGGGACGGACAUGACCGGGAUCUGCUUCCGGGACCAGUUGUGGCUCAACACCUACCCUCUCGACCGCAACCUCGUCUUCGACUACUUCGCCCUUUCCCCCUUCUACGACUGGUCCUGCAACAACGAACAGCUCCGAUCCCGCUCCAUCCACCCCCUCGACCUCUCCCACCUCUCGAAGAUGACGGGCAUUGAGUACGUGCUGAGCGAGGUGAUGGAGCCGCAUCUGUUUGUGAUUCGGAAGCAGAAGAGAGAUGGGCCAGAGAAGGUCAGCCCGAUGCUCACUUAUUAUAUUCUCGAUGGUUCCAUCUACCAGGCGCCACAGCUCUGCAAUAUCUUCGCCGCUCGCAUGGGCAGGGCUCUCUAUCAUAUAUCAAAGGCUUUCAAUAUAGCAGCCUCAAAGUUGGAGAAGAUUGGUUAUGCUGAGGCAGAAAAUGAAGAUGUCAACUCUGAAUCAAAGGCAGCAAAGGAGGCCAUUGACAUCAAGGAAUUAAAACGAGUCGACCAUAUUCUUGCAUCAUUGCAACGCAAGCUGCCACCGGCCCCAGCUCCGCCACCAUUUCCUGAGGGCUAUUUACCUCCCUCCAGCUCUGAGGCAGAAAAAGGGCCAGAAGACCAACAAACAGCAGAACCUCAGAUUCCUCCUAUGGAUCCUAUCAUUGACCAAGGCCCAGCCAAGAGGAUUAAAUUUCCGUGAUAAUUUGUGAGCAGCACCAGUGCCUCCAAUCUAAUGAAUAGCUUGAGCAAGAGAUAAAUUUCCUAUCAAUGUCUUAGGUUUCUGGUUCACAUCUGUCUUAUCAUCUAACAUAGACUAAAAGAUUUGCCAUUAUUGGAACUAUGGCAGAAAAUUUAUGAAAUUAUCCUAUAUUCAAUCAAACUUCUAACUAUAUAUCCUAAAUUGCAGACUUAAGUGGAUGAUAUAACAAGGCUGACUGUAUUGAAAAAACUUGCAAAGCAACCCCUUUACAAUUUAGCAUGAGAUCACGACUCUCAACCUGGUUGCUAGAUAUUUUUCUACAGAUGACAAAUGAUGUAACAUAAACAUUCAGAAUAUGUAUUUCCUUUCUUCAAUCCUAUUUUAGUUAAGGAUUGGGCAGGAUAUCGUGUACCGUAUCCUAGUUGCCUAUUCUAAUUGCUUA